AGCGAAAACGUCAUAUGACCAUUGGUGCAAAAGUUUAAGCAGCAAGAAUGGCCCGGACGUUUUUCCUUCUUUUCUCGCUGUUUAUUGCAGUGAACUGUGACCAGCUUUCAAUUCUAUAUUCCCCGAAGUCCCUAGAGUUCCGUGGUCAUAGUCGCUUAGAUGUGCAAUCUUUAUCGGAUGUGUUUGGUGCUUCUCUCGGAUAUUCCGUUGCCCAUCCAAGUGAAUGGGAUGGCCUGACCGUGAAAGAUCCCUUUAACAUGGCUAAUGGAGCAUUGAUCGUUGUUAUCGAGGGUGUUGAAUCAUUAAAACUAGAGGGAGCGCAUACGUACGAUUUAUAUGGCGGAUCAGGAUCAGAAAUGAUCGGAGAACUGGUUCAGAAAUCAGCUGACCACAACAGUGUUAGCUUCGAAGUUGAUCUAAAAGAGUCGUCGGAUAGUUUCACGACCCCUCUAGGAACUGUCCAACCGGACGAUGAAGAAGUAGAACCUCACUACCUGAAACCUAAAUCCAACAAAGCAGAUUCGGACUUUAUGCGCCAAGUCUCCUUUAUAAAUGGAUUAGCUGAUCUUCUGGUUACUUCAACCGACGAAAAUAUCCCAGCUGUUCAUAUUGUUCGUCUAUCAUUUGAAGCACUGUUGGCCGCUCACGAACCGACAUCGCCAGCCGCCGCUGAAGCAAGGAAACUGCUAUCUAAUGCCGUGUCAGAAUUGAAAAUUGCAGCGGAGAAAGCAUUUGAUGGAGCUGUCGUAGUUGGUAUAAUCACUUCUACAGAGACACCUGUAGUUCGUUCCAAACGCCAAGCUGAAACUCCCAAGCAAUCAACUGACUACAAUUUAGCCCAAAAGUAUGACAGCAAUUACCCGGUGAUAUUCAACAUCGUUCUGUGGUUCAGUGUUAUUCUAGUCUUUUCGCUGCUGGCAAUCUCGAUUGCUAUUGCUACGAUGGACCCGGGUAGAGACUCUAUCAUCUACCGAAUGACAUCAACGAGAAUGAAGAAGGAGAACUAAAUGUCCUGUUGCCUAGUUCUGAUAGUUAGUAUUGCCAUCACUAACAAGUAAAAAAUAUGCCAUCGCGUAGAAAUGGGGAAAAGUAUUACACGCAAAUAGAACUCUAGAACCAUAAAAAGUUGAGCCGAUGUUGAUUUUGUCCUUGUAAGCUUAUUAAUAGAUGCAACCAAUUUUUUUCAAAACUUUGAUUUUGGUUCUUUUGGCAAAAUAUAUAGCUUUAUGCACAAUUGAUUCAAUAUCCCCUUCCAUCCCAAUUUAAUACGUUCAUGAUUCUGCGCUAUUUUAGAGCAGUCAGAAUAGUGUGUCAAAUGUGAAUGUCCUAACAUCAUGAGAGGUUGCACUGGUCGCAUGUUUUUGUUGUUGUUUUUAAGUUAUUAGUCCAAUAUAAUAAAAACAUUCCAU